AUGUCGUCCUUCCUCCGCUUCUUCCGCCAGGGCAAGGGCCGUCUCAUAGCCCGCUUCACAACCCCCACGGUGCGCUUCUUCCUCGGCCGGUACUACGGCCGCCCCGUGGCCCUCUUCGCCGACGCCGGCAAGGUCCUAGCCGCCGCGCACCUCUUCUGGGCCUACGGCUAUGACUGGGGCACUGUUUCCGGCCCCUCCAUGCUGCCGGGCUGGUCCGUCUGGGGCGAGGGCGCCAUCAUCUCACACCGGCACCGCCGCGGCAGGGACAUCAAGGUCGGCGACCUGGUCCGCUUCAAGAUCCCCGUCGAUGACGGCCUGGCCAUCAAGAGGGUCCUCGGGCUCGCGGGCGACUACGUCAUGAUGGGGACCCCUGAGACUGGGCAGGACACUAUGAUACAGGUUCCACCUGGGCACGUCUGGCUGAUUGGUGACAACCUGCCCGCAUCGCGCGAUUCUAGAUUAUAUGGGCCGGUGCCCAUGGCUUUGAUCGAUGGGAAGACUGCGAUCAUCUUGCAAGCAGACCAGACCAGCACGGUUCCAGGCAUCAGCUACCGUCCGGGCGGAGAUGUUCAUUUGGAACAACAGAACAAAGAUUAUACUCUCAAGAAGUGGGUAAAGCAUCAAGUCGUCAGGAUCACAUCCAGGAAGUAA